CGGACUUUUAAUUUGAAAUGUUUGCGGAAGUAGUUGAGACAGUCGAUGUUGUGCGUGUCGGUAAAAUUGUCAUUUGAUCUGCGAUAGUGUUUAUAAAAUCUGUCGGUGUGAGUCAGAUCAUGGCAGACCCGGCCCGUGUUAAACCUGAAUCAGGUUCAUUUAGUGAGACGAGUAAACCUGCUGACCAGAUCAAGGGUUCAAGUGAUGGUCCAGUCAGCAUCAGUACCACAUCUGAAUCCACUGCCACCCGAACCAAUACAAAAGAAGAUAAAAAAAGAUCGGCUGAACAUACUACUGCUGCUGCUGGUGGUGAAGAAGAAGAGGAGGGAUCUUCAUCUCUUCAUACGCCAGCAUCUAAAAAACUAAAAGUGGAGCAUGAAAAGAAAAAAGAGAAACGACAAAAAGUUGAUGAAGAUGAAAUCCAAAAGAUGCAAGUUUUAGUAUCAUCGUUCUCUGAAGAACAGCUAAACCGCUAUGAGAUGUACAGACGCGCAGCUUUCCCAAAAGCAGCCAUUAAACGGCUCAUUCAGUCCAUCACAGGAUCAUCCGUCUCUCAGAAUGUGGUUAUUGCUAUGUCUGGCAUCGCAAAGGUGUUUGCUGGAGAGAUUGUUGAGGAAGCUCUUGACGUGUGUGAGAAGUGGGGAGACACACCACCUCUACAACCCAAACACAUGAGGGAAGCUGUGAGAAGAUUGAAGAGCCGAGAGCAGAUUCCCAACACCAAACACAAACACAUUCUCUUCCACUGAACCUUGAGGAAUCAGACGUGUGACACAUUUGCCCACUGCAUGUCUUGGUUAUGUUUUGGGAUGUAUUUUGAGGUUCACUGUACCUGGUUAACCUCGAAUUUUGUCUACAGAUUCUUGUACAAAUUGAGUGUUGAUGGUAAAGAUUAGUAAAUGUUGUACAGUGCCUCAUUGUGACUGAGAAAUAUCAGUGUAGGAUGAAACUUUUUUUUUUUUUUUUCAUUUUUUUAGCGUUUUCAUUUUAUGUUCACUUGAAAACAUAAGGGUUUUGUUUUUUGUAUGGAAAUGUAUACAUAAUUAAAUCUUUUAAUUAAUA